GCCCGGGCUGUGGAAGCCGAGGGUGGGGACACUCUGGCCCGGCUCUCGGUGGUGCGGGAGCGGGAGGGAGCAGCGGCCGCUCUGGUCGGCGGACGUGCUGCCGAGCAGUCCCGGAAGCGAAGCAGCGAUGGCGGAGAGUCCAACUGAGGAGGCGGCGACGGCGACGGCAGGCGCCGGGGCGGCGGGCCCCGGGGCGAGCGGUGUCGCCGGUGUUGUUGGCGUUAGCGGCAGCGGGUUCGGGCCGCCUUUCCUGCCGGAUGUGUGGGCGGCGGCGGCGGCGGCGGGCGGGGCCGGGGGGCCGGGGAGCGGCCUGGCUCCGCUGCCCGGGCUCCCGCCCUCGGCCGCUGCCCACGGGGCCGCGCUGCUUAGCCACUGGGACCCCACACUCAGCUCCGACUGGGACGGCGAACGAACCGCGCCGCAGUGUCUACUUCGGAUCAAGCGGGAUAUCAUGUCCAUUUAUAAGGAGCCUCCUCCAGGAAUGUUCGUUGUACCUGAUACUGUUGACAUGACUAAGAUUCAUGCAUUGAUCACAGGCCCAUUUGACACUCCUUAUGAAGGGGGUUUCUUCCUGUUCGUGUUUCGGUGUCCGCCCGACUAUCCCAUCCACCCACCUCGGGUCAAACUGAUGACAACGGGCAAUAACACAGUGAGGUUUAACCCCAACUUCUACCGCAAUGGGAAAGUCUGCUUGAGUAUUCUAGGUACGUGGACUGGCCCCGCCUGGAGCCCAGCCCAGAGCAUCUCUUCCGUGCUCAUCUCCAUCCAGUCCCUAAUGACUGAGAACCCCUAUCACAAUGAGCCUGGCUUUGAGCAGGAGAGACAUCCAGGAGACAGCAAAAAUUACAAUGAAUGUAUCCGGCAUGAGACCAUCAGAGUGGCGGUCUGUGACAUGAUGGAAGGGAAGUGCCCCUGCCCUGAGCCCUUACGAGGGGUGAUGGAGAAGUCCUUCCUGGAGUAUUACGACUUCUAUGAGGUGGCUUGCAAAGAUCGCCUGCAUCUUCAAGGCCAGACCAUGCAGGACCCUUUUGGAGAGAAGCGUGGCCACUUUGACUACCAGUCCCUCUUGAUGCGCCUGGGACUGAUUCGUCAGAAAGUGCUGGAGAGGCUCCAUAAUGAGAACGCCGAAAUGGACUCUGAUAGCAGUUCGUCUGGGACAGAGACAGACCUGCACGGGAGCCUGAGGGUUUAGACCCUGCUCCCUUCUCCCCUCCCCCCACUCAAGAGCCCCAGCAAAGUCCCUUCCCCCCCACCCCAGGGACGGAGAGGCACUGUGUAUCUCCCUCCAAACGUGACGUCAUCCUGCAAGAUGGCAAGAACCAAGCAAGCUCGGAUCCCAGGGUGUGGGAGUGGGGUGGCUGUUCCUGAUCCGACCUCCCUGGCUCUCGAGCAUCUGGGGCUGUGUUCAUCCCGUAGCAGGGGCCAAGGUACCUACACAGGAGCAGCUAGGGGAGGGGCCUCUGGCAAAAACCAACCAACCGACACACCUCUCCACAGGGCCAGCUCCUUAGGGGUAGGUGGGAGGCAGAAACUGUAAUUCCAAGAGGGAGUGUGCCCAAAUGAUUGAUGGGGAUCUCUGGAAGGGGGCUUUGGGUGGGGGGGCUGUCUGUGACACUUAAGCAGUCUGGGUGGUUGUCUGUCUGUCUGCAGUCUUGAAGCAGGGCUUCCCAAUGCCCUUUUCCUCCCUGCCUCUUCUCGCAUUACUUCCCCUGGGCCAGCAUAAUUUUGUUUUUCCUAAUUUAUAGUCACUGUUCUAGACAGACCAAAGAGAAGGAACAGUGGUGGAGUCUAGGCUGCUGAUCAGUAAGCUUUACCUAGCACCUGAGCACCUUUCUCCUCUGCCCCCCCCAUUGCCUCGCCCAUUUCUAGAUUUAAGACAGAAGGUAAAUGUGACUGGGACUGAACCAAGGUCCUGGUAAAGCCUGCAAGGCACUAUUGAGAAGCUGAUUUUGUUCCCGCAAUCACUGAUUUGAAAAGUUCCCAACGCAGCUGGCUGCUGUGUGUGGGGGAUGAGAGCCACUACAUACAAUAGUCUCUUACAGAUGUUCCUGAAUGCUAGCCACGAUGAGGGUAUUUCUCCUGGGGGCGGGGUGCAGUGGGGAGACUGAUGCUAGUACUGUUGUGUUUUGUUUGGCUGUCCUUGUGUAUUUUCACCCCAGCCUCUAGUCCCUCCCACCCCUCCCCCUCACCUCAAUGCCCAGGAACUUGUGGGGAGCAAGGGUUGGCCAGUGGCAGAGGGGCUGAGGCCGGGACUCUGGGCUCCUCCACCUCUCUUGCCUCUUCCCCUCCUCGCCCUCCCAGCUGCUCUGUCGCCGGCUCGGAUGGGCGUUUGCCUGGCUGUGUUGCUUCUUUCUAUCUAGCCGCAGUGAUCCUUUAGCUGGUUGGCUCAGAAAAAUGUGCUUUAGGCGCCCUGUGGUACUGGGCACUGAGGGAAUCCAGCCUUCCCCUUUUUGGUGUGUUCUCCCCGUACUUUCCAGAUUCUUACUGUUAUGGCUCCCAGUGGGGUGUUGGCGAUCCAUGUGCCGCAGGGCCUCAGUCAGCAUCGGGCCAGUGUCCGGGAGAGGAUGACUUGGGCCUGCCCUGCCCGCUGCUACGGAGGCCUCUGCCUGUAGGUCGUGGGACUUCCUGGGGGGGAGUUCGGAAGGGGUUGGGUACAAAGGAGAAUGUCCGACUUGGGAGGGCAGGAAGCAAACAAACUGGAUAGGAAGUAGGCUUGGGGAACGGAAGUUUAUCUCAGAUACCUAAGGCUGGGUCUCCUAACGAGGAGACUCAAAAAGGGACCCUGCUUCCAAUUUCCCUCUUCCAUUCCCAGAGCAAGCACAGGGCUUAGAAGAAUGCCCUUGGUCUGUUGGUCCAGUGGUUGUCUGUCAUCCAUUUAAGUGUUCCCACUUUCAAGUGACAAUCCUCUCCUUGGCCCUGCCAUGGGCAGAGCAUGUCUGGCGUACCUGCCUGACUUUUAUGCCCUAAUCUUGAGUUGAGGAAAUAUAUGCACAGGAGUCAAAAGAGAUGUCUUUAUAUCUGACUGUACAUAAAUGAAGUUUUUUUUUUUUUCUUUUUGGUGCAAUAAAGUUUGUUUUGGCAGAA